UCUUCAAGGUCGUGACAUGCGCGCGCAUUGACAUUAGUAGAGGGAGGCAGCUGCAUGCCAUUCCAUUCCUCUUUCCCCUCCUUCCACAUCCCAGUCUUCUCCACCCACGCCACCAAACCCCCGAGAUCACGCGAGCUAUAUAUACGCUGCAUAUUUGAUAUUCCCCCGGCCCUGCAAGGCGAGCCCCGGCCGUAUUACUUGCUGAGAUCGAGAUCGAUGGGGCUGCGGACCUGCGGCGCCAUGGAAGGCGAGCUCGUUGUCGCCUCGCCUUUCUUCGAGUGGUUGAAGCCGCCGCUGGCGUCGCCGUCCUCGUCGAGAGCGUCGUCGUCCAUGGCGUCCGGGCAUCGAGAGGAUCGCAGCAGCGUGCCAUGCUUGCCCCUGCUCCGCAUGCUCGAGGAGGGGAAGGGGGCUGGUGGUGACCAUGAGCACCCUGCGUCUGCAGUCAAGGAAGAGAUCAUGAGCGGUGCGGCCGGGGUGCUGGGGCCUGGCGUGGAUCUGAAUAUCGGCUUGCCGGUUGGUGGAUCUUGCGAUGAUGACAUCAUGGAAGAGGAGGGCCAGGAGGAAGAUCUAGAUGAUGGCCACGACUGUGACGAAGAGGAGGAGGAGGAAGAGGAGGAGAUGGAUGAGUUGAAACCUGCGCAUGGCGGUUGCAAGGUGGAGGGAGAGGAGAAAGAGGAGCACGGCGAGCCGGUGGUCUCGGCUGGAGGAUCAAACAGCGUCAGCAUGCCGGAGUUCGGCGUGGUCGGAGCAGAGAGCGGCGUGCCCAUGAGCUGCGAGUACUGGAUCCCGACGCCGGCGCAGAUCCUCGUCGGCCCGGUGCAGUUUGUCUGCCAUGUCUGUAACAAGAGCUUCAACAGAUACAAUAACAUGCAGAUGCACAUGUGGGGCCACGGGCGGGAGUACCGCAAGGGCCCGGAGUCGCUCAAGGGGACGCAGACGGUGGCGCUGCUGAAGGUGCCGUGCUACUGCUGCGCCGCCGGGUGCCGGAACAGCGUGUCCCACCCGCGCGCGCGGCCGCUCAAGGACUUCCGCACCCUGCAGACGCACUACAAGCGCAAGCACGGCGCCAGGCCCUUCCGCUGCCGCCGCUGCGCCAAGCCCUUCGCCGUCAAGGGCGACUGGCGCACGCACGAGAAGAACUGCGGCAAGCGCUGGUUCUGCGCCUGCGGCUCCGACUUCAAGCACAAGCGCUCACUCAACGACCACGUCCGCUCCUUCGGCGGCGACCACCUCCCCGUCGUCCUCAUCGACGGCGCCGCCGCCCCCGCCCCCGCGCCCGCCGAGGACCGCCGCAUCAUACGCUUCCAACGGUGAGAUAGACCGGGCCGUCGGUCUAGCUCAUCGAUCGUGUAAUACAUGCUGUAGAUCAUAUCCACGCUCGUAUAUACCUAUAUAUACACCAUAGAUGCAAUGCAUGCAUGCAUGCAUGCAUGAUUCGUCAUACUACAUGCAAUGCACGCAAAUGCAAGAGGAGCAACGGGGUAACUGAUAGCGCAAUAAGGGGGUCCUCGAUCGACCAGUUGCUAAAAGCUGUGAAGUAGCUGAAUUUUCUUCCGCCGGAGUGGGAGCUGCAGGCAGUACGUACUAGCUAGUAUUAGGCUACCAAUGCAGCUUUGUAAUGGAGAAAAUUUAUCAGCUUCACAGGCUUACUAAACUGGUACUUACUUUGGACCUAGUACUGUAUACAUAGCAUUUUGAACAUGAGACCUAGCAAUUUAUGAGUACGUAUAUAAACGUUUACUACUUUUCUGUUGUAAUCUUUGAAGUUGUUGAAUUUUCAUUACUGCCA